AUGACUAAUGACUCGAUAGGCUCUGUCGAUGAUAAGUGUAACUCACAGAAGACGAUGUCAUCGCUGCUUACUACAAGUGAGCUGAAACAUCUGCAGGAAUUGCUGCAUAAAAUUAAUCGUCCGGAAAUUUUUGAAAAGUUACAUACUGAAGAGUUUUCAAAGCUCUCUUUUUCACAGGUAGGAGAAAUGCCUUUUUGGAAUCAACUCAAACUUGUAGACAAUUCUUUGGCAGAAGGGGGAUGUGUGGAAAAAAACACUAAUCCCGAAAUACUCCAAUCUGCUCACGAGUUUUGCAUGAAUAAUAGCUAUCAUUACUUCCAUCAUCAGCAUUCAAACUUUGGACACCAAGAUGUUGAAGACUUGAAUGAGCCCCAACCUUACGAAAAUAAUUUAUUUCAAAUGGCACCUUACGAAAAUAAAGAUGAACAUGUUGAAGAGUUCAAAUCUCCUUGGGGAAUGAGCAACAAUGUUUCCCAAUGGCAAAAUGAUUCUUUUGAAGACUCGUAUCAUUCCACAAUUUUUAAUGAAGGAGGCUAUAAUUCAAUUGCUUCUGAAAGUACUGAUCUUCCAGUUCAACGGCCACAAAGUAACGUCUGGAUUCAAUGCCAAGAGAAUGAGUGUCAAGCCCUUGACCACACUCAUAGUCACUACAAUAACUUCAAUCCUGAUGGCCAAAUUUAUUCAUCGAGUUGUGACUAUGUCACAAAUACUAGUAACAACUUGGCUAACCAAGAAGUCGCUUACAAUCAAUUAUCGUUAGAAGGACACGGUUAUCAAGAAAGUCAUUGGUCUUUUCAGCAGCCUAAAAAUGAGCAGACGAAUUCAUUCAACAAUAAUUCCCUACUAUUUCAAAAUUCUUAUAAUUGUAAACCUAUUGAUGAAUACGACCAGAAGCUCACGGCAAUUCCACUUGUUCCAAGUUGCAUAUGGCAUUUCGGAAGGAAGAGUAUGAACUCUAGGGGAGAAGAAAGCUAUACUUCAAGUCAUAGUACUGCCCUGAAUCAAGUUUCCAGCACCGGUCAUCAACGAGACAAUUCCUGGGAGUCAGCAAACCCUGCGACCAACCGGGAUCUUCAACUCGCCGACUAUCAGGCACACUUUCCGACGCUUUGUCAGCUGUUGGACGAUGAUGGAAAUCUGCGAGAGGAGGAAUAA